CCAGCUCGUCCUCAACCAUCACAGACACGGAACCACCAAAAAAGCAGCCAAUCGUGGACAUUUUUUCGCCCCUUGCCCCCCCUCCUUCCGUGGAUUUGUGGCUCACAUGUGGCAUUUAGCCCAGUCACUUGGAGGAGGAGGAGGAGGAGGACGAAGAUGAGGCUGAUGACGGCGCUGUGAAUGGGACGCGGCAGCGGCACAUUCGGGCUAAAACACGCCGACGUUUGCGCACCGGCGACCGGAGCCAGCGUGUGCGCUCUGCCGGGGCCCGGCGCGCGUCUUCUGGGGCGGACAGACCGAGCGGCAUGGAGGCGUUCUUCACGGAGGGGGCCCGCGUUUGGGUCAGAGAGAAGGAACAGCUGGUUCCGGCCACAGUUAACUCCUGCGGAGAUGGAACCCUUGUUGUCACUACUGACUAUGGAGAGGCGCUGUACUUACAGCAGGCCGAGGUCACCAGGGAGCGCGUGUGCGCCAUGCACCCGUCCAGCAUCCACGGCGUGGAGGACAUGUCGUCGCUGGCCGAGCUCCACGAGGCGGCCAUCAUGCACAAUUUGUACCAGCGCUACCAGAAAGACAACAUCUACACAAAUAUCGGCAGCAUCUUGGCCGCCGUCAACCCUUACAAGCAGAUCCCAGGUCUGUACGACCCGGAGAGCGUGGACCGCUACUCGAAGCACCAGCUGGGGGAGUUGCCGCCGCACAUCUUUGCUAUCGCCAACGAAUGCUACCGCUGCAUCUGGAAGCGCCAUGACAGCCAGUGUGUCCUUAUCAGCGGUGAGUCUGGAGCCGGAAAGACAGAAAGCACCAAACUGUUGCUGCAGUUCCUGUCGGUGAUGAGCCAGAACUCUGCUGGGACGCCACCAUCUGAGAAGACCACGCGGGUGGAGCAGGCCAUCGUGCAAAGCAGUCCCAUCAUGGAAGCGUUCGGAAAUGCCAAGACGGUUUACAACAACAACUCCAGUCGCUUCGGGAAGUUCAUCCAGCUUCACUUCUCCGAGAGCGGCAACAUCCAAGGAGGCUGCGUCAUCGACUAUUUACUAGAAAAGAACCGAGUGGUGCGACAGAACCCUGGAGAACGCAACUACCACAUCUUCUACGCUCUCUUGGCGGGAGCUAACAAAGAGCAUAAAAGUCUGUACUUCCUGGAGGAUCCAGCCGAGUCUUUCCAUUAUCUCAGCCAGUCGGGUUGUCUCCAGGACAAGAGUCUAAACGACAGAGAGCUGUUUAACAGCGUUAUGGAGGCGCUGAAGGUUCUGGAGUUCAGCGAGGAGGAGAUCAGAGACAUGUUCAAGCUGCUGUCCGGCGUCCUUCAGCUGGGCAACGUGGAGUUCAUGACAGCCGGAGGAGCCCAGAUCACCACCAAGCAAGUGGUGACCACCGCCAGCGAGCUUCUGGGCCUCGACGCCUUCCAGUUGUCGGAAGUGCUGACUCAGCGCUCCAUCAUACUGCGAGGGGAGGAGAUUUGCUCCCCGCUCACCAUCGAGCAGGCCGUGGAUUCCCGGGAUUCCGUCGCCAUGGCGCUUUAUUCCCAAUGUUUCUCCUGGAUCAUCCUCAAGAUCAACCAGAAGAUUAAAGGGAAGGAAAAUUUUAAGUCCAUCGGCAUCCUAGACAUCUUCGGCUUUGAGAACUUUGAGGUGAAUCGCUUCGAGCAGUUCAACAUCAACUACGCCAACGAGAAACUCCAGGAGUACUUCAACAAGCACAUCUUCUCCCUGGAGCAGCUGGAGUACAACAGGGAAGGUGUCCAAUGGGACGCCAUCGACUGGAUGGACAACGCAGAGUGUCUGGACCUCAUAGAGAAGAAACUGGGUUUGCUGGCUCUAGUGAAUGAAGAGAGUCGCUUCCCCAAAGGAACCGACUUCACUCUCCUGGAAAAGUUACACAGCCGACACUCUACUAAUCCUUACUAUGUGAAGCCCAGACUGGCUGACCAUCAGUUUGGUAUCAAACAUUACGCCGGAGAGGUCCUGUACGACGUGAAAGGGAUUCUGGAGAAGAACAGAGACACUUUCAGAGACGAUAUCCUAAACAUGCUCAAAGACAGCAGACUGGACUUCAUCUACGACUUGUUCGAGAAGGUGGGCAGCAGGAACAACGAGGAGAAGAUGGGAACGGCCAGACGCAAGCCGACCGUCAGCUCCCAGUUUCGAGACUCCCUCCAUGCUCUCAUGGCCACUCUAAGUGCGUCCAAUCCCUUCUUCAUCCGUUGCAUUAAGCCCAACAUGGAGAAGAAUCCCAGCGUCUUUAACCCGGAGGUCGUCCUCAAUCAGUUGAGGUACUCUGGAAUGUUGGAGACGGUCAAGAUUCGUCGCGCCGGGUUCCCCGUGCGAAGAACCUUUAAAGACUUCUUCUUGCGAUACAAGAUCAUUUCCAAAGACAAAGCCGGUGCAACGGGAGACGACAAAAAGAGAAGCACGGAUCUUUUAACCAGAUAUGACAAGACCAAGAAAGAAUGGCAGCUGGGGAAGACCAAAGUGUUUAUGAAGGAGUCUCUGGAGCAACGUCUGGAGAAAGACCGUGACGAAGUGCGACGGCAGGCCGCCAUGAUCAUUCGAGCUCACCUCCUCACGUUCUCGGCCAAGAAACACUUCAAGCGAGUACGCGCCAGUACUGUCACUCUCCAGAAGCACCUGCGCAGGCACAUCCAGCGCAGGCGCUUCGUCCGGCAGCGCAGAGCGGCGCAGGUGCUGCAGAAGCACCGGAGAGGUCAGGUGGCCCGGACUCGGGUCAGGAAGAUUCGCGACGCCAAGAGGAAGAAAGAGGAAGAGGAGAGGAAGAAAGAUGAGGACAAUGAGGAGGAGGAUGAAGAAGAGAUGAAGACAGACAGUGAUGGGGAGCAGGAGGACGAUGGGGAUGAAGACGCUGAAAGCAAGAAUAAACCUAUAGAGGAUGAGACACGUCAGAUGGAGGAGAUCUUGCAGCUGGAACGUGAGAUCGAGCGCCUGCAGAAGAAGCGGGAGGACGAGGUGUCGCAGUUGUGCGAGUCGUCCAAGCAGGAGCUGCAGCUACGCCGCGACGCCGAGCUCAAACGCAUGAAGAAGGAAGCCUCCCGAAAGGCCACGAGCCUCAUCGACCUCCUCAACUUCGACGGGGUGGUGGAUCCCGCAUUGGGGGACGCGGCGGCAAAGCCGGUGGCUGAACCGAAAGCUCCCAGGGCAGCGAAUGCCGUGCUGGCUGGCGCGUCCAAGGAUGAGGAGGUGGACGAGGGUUUCCACGCCGAGGAGGAGUGUAUCCCGCUUCCUGACUUCCCGCCCCCCGCGGAGACGGACACGCCCAUGGAUCAGGCCAUGUUUGCCCACCUGCCGCCACCUCCGCCUGCCUUCGCCGAAGGGAUGGUACCUCCAGAACGUCCCGCCGACGCCACUCCAGUCCCACCCCGGACUGGUGAUGACACCGCCGCCCCUGAGAGGAAGGUGAGCAUGGUGGACAGCUUGGUGGACGGGGAGGAGCCCAUCUACAGCAUGCCCGCCGACACCGAGUCCGACUACGACCAGGAGGAGGAGGAGGGCUCGGUCACGGCCGGGGACGACAGCUCCGUGUCGGGGAGCAACCGGGGCAGCGCCGCCGCCACGGACGAGGAGCACCCGCGCAAGUCCACCUGCACCAACGCCAGCAUGGAGUCCUACAGAGGCAGCACAGACUCCUACGCAGGCAGCGACGACGAGCACGACGGCAUGAUGGACACGGACGAGGAGGUGACAAACGGACGGGUGACGGUGUUUAACGGAAACGGGCCACCUUAUUUCCACGGCUACCUCUACAUGAAGGCCGGUCUGAUGAUCCCCUGGAGGAGGCGCUGGUGCGUGCUAAAAGACGAGACCUUCAUGUGGUUCCGCUCCAAACAAGAGUCCCUCAAGUCGGGUUGGCUCUACAAGAAAGGAGGAGGCCUGUCUACACUCUCACGCAGAAACUGGAAGAUGCGCUGGUUCGUGCUGAGGGACAGCAAGCUGAUGUAUUACGACAACGACAGCGAGGAGAAGCUGAAGGGAACCAUCGACAUCCGAGCUGCAAAGGAAAUCGUCGACAACCACGAGAAGGAAAACGCCCUGAACAUCGUGACGGAUGAGAGGACCUACCAGGUGUUUGCGGAGUCGCCGGAGGACGCCAGUGGUUGGUUCAAGGUGCUCAGUAAGGUGCGAGUGUGCACGCCGGAGCAGCUGCUGGAAAUGUCCCACGAACAGGCCAACCCCAAAAAUGCUGUGGGAACCCUCGAUGUGGGCCUGAUCGACUCCGUCUGCGCGUCUGACAAUCCUGAUCGGCCCAACUCCUUUGUGAUCAUCACGGCCAACCGUGUGAUCCACUGCAACAGCGACACGCCCGAGGAGAUGCACCACUGGAUCAGUCUGCUGCAGAAACCCAAAGGAGACGCGCGGAUCGACGGCCAGGAGUUCCUCGUUCGAGGCUGGCUCCAGAAGGAGGUGAAGACCAACGCCAAGAGCACAUCCCUGAAACUGAAGAAGCGCUGGUUCGUCCUCACCCACAACUCCCUGGAUUACUACAAGAGCUCCGAGCGCAACUCGUCCAAAAUGGGAACGCUUGUCCUCAACUCUCUGUGCUCCAUCAUCCAGCCUGACGAAAGGGUUCACAGGGAGACAGGAUACUGGAACAUCACAGUGUAUGGGAGGAAACACUCCUAUCGCCUCUACACCAAAAUGCUGAAUGAGGCCAUGAGAUGGACGGCGGCCAUACAAGGCGUCAUAGACAGCAAGACCCCCAUUGAGACCCCGACUCUACAGCUCAUCAGAGACAUCAAGGAGAACAGCGUCAAUCCAGAAAUAGUGGAGCAGAUGUACAAAAGGAACCCCAUCCUCAGAUACACGCAGCAUCCUCUGCACUCGCCGCUGCUGCCGCUACCGUACGGCGAGGUCACCAGCUUGCAAAGGCAGCAAGGCUACGCCAGCCUGCAGGACGAGGCAGUGCGGGUCUUCAACUCGCUGCAGGAAAUGGAGACGCUGGCCGACACGGUGCCCAUCAUCCAGGGCAUCCUGCAGACCUGCCAGGACCUGCGCCCGCUCAGGGACGAGGUUUAUUGCCAGGUGAUCAAGCAGACCAAUCACGUGCCUCAGCCCAACAGCCCGGCCAAUCGGGCGCACUGGCACCUCCUCACCUGCAUGAGCUGCACCUUCCUCCCCAGUCGCGCCAUUCUCAGAUAUCUGCGUUUCCACCUCAAGAGGGUGCGUGAGCGUUAUCCCGGCACUGAGAUCGAACGCUACGCCACUUUCAUCGGCGAAUCCCUGAAGAAGACCAAGACUCGAGAGUUUGUGCCCUCACAGGAGGAGAUUGCCGCCCUGUUGGUGAGACAAGAGAUGAGCACCACGGUUUACUGCCACGGAGGAGGGUCCUGCAAGAUCUCCAUCAACUCCCACACCACAGCGGGAGAGGUUGUAGAGAAGUUGAUUCGAGGUUUGGCCAUGGAGGACAGCAAGAACCUUUUCUCACUUUUUGAGCACAACGCUGUCACGGAUCGAGCGCUGGAGAGCAGAGUCAUUGUGGCAGACGUCCUGGCAAAGUUCGAAAGGCUUGCUGGCAGUGAGGAAGAGGAGGAAGAAGGAGAAUGGAAGCUUUACUUCAAGCUCUACUGCUUCUUGGAUGUGGAGAGCAUGAACAAAGAAGGAGUGGAGUUUGCCUUCAUGUUUGAACAGGCCCACGAGUCUCUCAUUAGCGGACACUUCCCGGGGUCUGAAGAGACCCUGCAGCACCUGGCCGCCUUACGCCUCCAGUACCUCCACGGCGAUGGGGCUGGUCGGGCCGGCUGGAGCCUGGGGACUGUCUAUCCCAUAGGACGUCUUCGCAGCCGCAUCAUACACUCUACUAAACCAGGCGUGGGAUCGGCGGGCGGGGCUGGAGGAGGUGGAGCAGGAGACGGGAAGGCUAUGGUUGGGGGCCCGGGCGGAAUCGUUGGUGUUGGGGCUGAGAAAAGAAAGACACCUAGCUUCCUGGACGGUACGCUGAGGAGGAGCUUCAAGACGGGAUCACUGAAGAAACAGAAGGUGGAGGAGGAGCAGAUGUUAGAGAUGUGGGUGAAGGAGGAGACGUCAGCCACUCGCACUAGCGUCCUGGAGAAGUGGACGCGUUUGCAGGGCAUGGCGCAGCACCAGGCUAUGCUCAAUUAUAUGGGAAUCAUCAAGGAGUGGCCCGGAUACGGAUCUACGCUCUUUGAUGUUGAGUGUAAAGAAGGGGGCUUCCCUCACGAUCUGUGGCUCGGAGUGAGCGCCGAUAACGUGUCCGUGUACAAGAGAGGUGAACCGAAACCGCUGGAGACCUUCCAAUACGAGCAGAUCACCUUCUUUGGCGCGUCGCAGCUCUGCACCUACAAGAUCAUCGUGGAUGAGAGGGAGAUAUUCUUUGAGACUCCACUGGUUGGCGAGAUCGCCAAGAUCAUGAGGGCCUACAUUAACAUGAUGGUGAAAAAACGUUGCAGCAUCAUGUCAGUCACCAGCGUCGCCAGCUCAUGGGUCAGGUGAUUUCUACCAGCCAAUCAAAGACCGCAGGAUUUCCCCAGUGGCAAUGAAUGCCACCGGGGCUACAUCAGGACAUCCCAGGUGGACACACCGAGGUAAUGGUAAGAGUGGAUUGCCAAGGGUGGAAAGUGGACACCGAUGCCAAAGGGACCAAUGAGAUUGGGAUCAAUACAUUUUGAGAUGGAUUCUUUUCCAUUCAAGCAUGACACAUACAGUAAACCUGGAUUGUGGUGGGUAGUCCUUUUCACAUUCAAUACAUGACCGCAGUAAUAGUCCUUGCAUGUAGAUGUUCAAGCACACUCCAAACCUUUCUGAUUUCCUGUUUUUUGGGCCACAAGCACAAGACAGUGAUUGGCCGACAAAUACCACUUUGACCCAGGAUCUGGGAUGGGACUACAUCCAAGGACCCAGGCAAUUAGCUACAACCGAGGACCUGAGGGGGCGUUCUCUCCCAGAGCUCCCCCUCAAAAACCUGGUUGGGGCUCCCUGACAUGAAGUAAGGGGUCCACCUCUAUGACCUUGUAACCUGGGGUAACCACCACCUAGGAUUUGAGGGAGACUACUGCCCGGGACCCAAAGGUGUAGAAGUGAGUCUUCGCAGACCUGAUAGGGAGCUCCCUCCUUGGACCCAGGGGGGCCUACCUCCCAGGAUCGACAAAUGUUGGCUAUCUCCUGGGAACCCUCAGGAUACUGGGUGCUACUUCCUAAGACUCCCUCACUUACCUUAAUCCUGAAGGGUCUUCAUUAGGGAACCUUAUUAUUUGGACCCCUCAGGACCUGGGUUAGGUCUCCCACUUCAACCCAACAGUCUAGAAGCAACCUCCACGGAUCAAGUAGGACUUCCUCCCUAAGAUCUGUUGCGAUUGCCUCCCGCCCAGGACCCUGCCAGGACCUUGGGCCUUUCGCUCAGGACCGUCCCCCGGGAUUCUUCAGGACCCCCUUUGUGGGUCCCUGCCAUGACCCAGAGAGAGCUAACCUAUCUGGACCCAACAGAGGUUGCCAUCCCUCCUGAAGCCCGUACCCUAGAAGCAAGGGUGGAGCGAUUCCCUAGACAACGCCAAUCGUCCAGGACCACGCAAAAAUCCCUUAUCAUACGGUUGGAUGCAACCUCCAGAGAACCAGAGAUCCCCCAAGCUACAACCUGGAACCCCUAAGGCCCCCCCCCCGCCGCCCCUUUUUGUGCACUGUCAGACAUUCUGCUUUCGGCUCUUGGAGUCUCUCUCUUUCUCUUCAUCGGUCCUCACCCCUGUCACCCAUCUUAUCUGACAUUAUUACGUUACCACGCUUCCAUCCUUGCUUGCUUCCGCUCUCUGCUUCGUUCUAUGUGUGACGUCACUUCUCUUGCGUCUAUUGUUGAGGGGUGAGGACUCCCUUUACUCACCAGUGCCACUGUGUGGCCGCAGGAAGAGACUAUAGCCAAAACGCCAGCUGCUGUGAAGGGGACACCAAUUUCCCAGUCACAUUGCGUGUGUGUGCGUGUGUGUGUGUGUGUGUGUUUAACUGUGCAUUCACACAAGUUUUUGUACUGUAUAUCACACGUAAUAAGAGUUGAUUUUUAACUGAAUUGUUGAUGGUCCCAGCACUGUACAGCCUCUAUGUAGUGUAAGAUACGAGCAAUUAAAGGGCGUUAAAGAAGGAUGCUGCACAUAUUCACUGGCGGUGCCAUUCAUUCAGUGUGUUUAUGAUGGAUUUAUGAUUAUUAAUACUGUUGUCUCUUAAUGCUGACUGUUAUGGGGUUUUUUUGUGCAAAAUAAUUGCACCACUCUCUGGUAAUUCCUGGCUACUAUUAAUACAACAGCAACCCCCCCACCUUGAAGUGUUGUGUAUGUAAUGCUGCUCUAUGUACGUGUGCCACGGUGUAACCCAAACUAUAAUAUUUAUGUUGAAGAAGAGUUGAGAUAAGUAAUAAUGAGUGUAUCCCUGAGGAAAGGAGAUGUUAUUAUAAUCUUUGAAAGUGUCGUGAUCGUGUGUUAAAGGAAAGAGCAUGGAACUUUAUGAACGGGAGGAGAGAUGGUGAGAUAUUUAUUAACGUACUAUAUUGCAAAGUUUGUUGGUGGAGAAAGGUGUAUAAAAUAACGAUACGGUUGGAGAUAUGAAACGGUGAAGGAGUGAAGUGGUUUUGCAUAACAUGGGGCGAUUUUUGUUUUGCUCUUAAAUGGCUUUACACUGCAGGUCGAGGGCAGCAUCAUCGAUAUAUAACAGCUCUACUGCACUUACAUGCCAAAUAAAAGGCAUACGUGAGCAUCAGUAACCUAAAAAAAAAAACCUUCCCACAUCAUUCUCCAAAUUAGUUAAUAAGGUUUAUUAAAGCAUGCUGAAGUUUUUAGAUUUUUUUCAUUUUAAUGGAUAUUGGAGUGAAAACAGACUGUGAGUGCUGUUGUUUAUUACGUGUCAAAGAUGUAUCAGAAAACACUGAUUUUACUAUUUCCUACAGAACAGGGGUGUCAAACAUAUGGCCCGCGAUAAGUUUAGAAAUGAGCGGAUUUUUUUUUUGAAUUUUUUUUAUAAAAAACAAACUGCUGUUGUAUAUCUGUCCACUGGAUGUCACAAUAGUAAUUAUGUUAGGCAAGCAAACGGUUCAUACCAGGGCCAAGCAAGAAUUGAUUGAUAGAAACUUUUAUUUGUAGAUUGCACAGUUCAGUACAUAUUCCGUACAAUUGACCACUAAAUGGUAACACCCGAAUAAGUUUUUCAACUUGUUUAAGUCGGGGUCCACGUAAAUCAAUUCAUGGUACGCAGUAAAGUGUGGCUGCGGCUCUUCUUACCUGGACCCAAACGAAAUUUAAAAUGUCAGGUUCUAAACACAUUAUUUGCCCAAAAGGUUUAUAUCAAAAAUGAGAAAAGUCAACGCAGAAUGUAACUCAACUCUCUUGUUCUGCCUCCGUUUCUUAUGGUUUGUUGAGUUAGCACAGGAUUUUUGAGACCUAGAAAAGUUUCCAUCUAUUUGUUGUGUUUUUUGAUCAAUCCCAGACAGGCUCUGAUAUAAGGUUUAAUCAUGGCUUUGUAAAUACAUUGAGUAGAAGUCAAAAUGUAUUUUGUUCUUUCAUGUGGUUUUAAAACUUCAUUUUUUUCCCUUCAGAAUUUUCCACCAACUUGAGGUGUUUGGUCAAGAGGAUUGUUUGUGAUUUGUACAUUUUAACAAUGAGCUUGUUUUAUUUCCUGGCCAACUUAAAACAAAGAAAACAACCUGAAGUUGUCUUUAUUUUUAAGUUAUCGUGCUAUGAUUUUACCAGUUACUUGGGAAUAUGUUUUCCUCUAUGUGGCCCUGAGCUAAAAUGAGUUUGACACCCCUGCUAUAAAUAUAGGAAUCAGUAUUUAAACUGACAGCGGAUAUGGAAAGUAGACACAUUUCUUCUAAUAACAACACUGAAUUUUAAAUAAAAAUGUAAAAAGUAAAUAAAAACUGAAAAAUACAUUAAAAUAUUGUUAUGGAUAUGUAAAAUAUCUAUAAAUAAUUUCAAAACAUUUCCCCAAAAGUUAUGCAAUUCAUACCCUGCUGUAUUUAGUUUUUUUUUUUUUUUUUAGAAGGUCAAAUAAAAACGAACAUUUUAAAUUGGAUCUAGGUCUUGGCUUUAGCUCAGGGGUGUCAAACAUACGGCUAGAGGGCCAGAUCAGGCCCGCAAACAGGUUUUGUUCGGCCCGCAGGAUGAGUUUGCUGAGUAUAAAAAUUUACCUGAAAUUUAUGAAGGAAGAAACAGCUGUUCUAAAUGUGUCCACUAGAUGUCGCAAGAGCAAUUAUUUGCAUCUUUGUAGAGGAUGCUACAUAUGUAAAACCAAUAAACCACAUGAUAUUAAUACAUCAAUCAAGGAAAACUAUCGAACCACAUAAAUAACAUCCUGUAAUUUGAUUUUGGUACUAUUUUUUUCAUCUUGAUAGAUUGAAAAUUAACACCAAUUAGUUGACUGAUGAACAUUACCAUAUCAUUAAUUCAGAAAAUAUAAAUAACAACAAAUAAAGAUAGAAUACCAUUAAACACAGUGGGUAAUUGUGAAAAAAACAACAACAACAUUAUGAUUUAUACAAUUUCAGAAUGUGCCUGUUCUAUUUUUAAACAAAGAAAACAAUCUGAAUAUGUCUUUAUUUCUAAGUUAUCGUGCUGUGAUUUUACCAGUCCGGCAGACUUUGGAAUAGAUUUUCCUCUACGUGGCUAUGAGCUAAAAUUAGUUUGACACCCCUGCUAUAAAUAUAGGAAUCAGUAUUUAAAAUGACAGCAGAUAUGGAAAGUAAACACAUUUCCUCUAAUAACAAAACCGAAUUUUAAAUAAAAAUGUAAAUGAAAACUGAAAAAUACAUUAAAAUAUUUAUAUGAAUGUGUAAAAUAUCUAUAAAGAAUAUCAAAACGUUUCCCCAAAAGUUAUGCAAUUCAUACCCUGCAGUAUUUAUUUGAUUUUUAAAAAAAGUGUCAAAUAAAAACAAAUAUUUUAAAUUGGAUCUAUGUCUUGGCUCUAGUUCAGGGGUGUCAAACCUACGGCCCGCGAACAGGUUUGUAUUCGGCCCGCGGGAAGAGUAUGCUGAGUAUAAAAAUUACCGGUGACCUGAAAUUUUGAAGGAAGAAACAGGUGUUCUAAAUGUGUCCACUAGAUGUCGCAAUAGCAAUUAUUUGCAUCUUUGCUACAUAUGUAAAACCAAUAAACCACAUGAUAUUAAUACAUCAAUCAAGGAAAAUUAUCAAACUACAUAAAUAACAUUCUGUAAUUUGAUUUUGGUAUAAUUUUUUUCAUCUUGAUAGAUUGAAAAUUAACACCAAUUAGUUGACUGAUGAACAUUAUCACAUCAUUAAUACAGAAAAUAUAAAUAACAACAAAUAAAGAUAGAAUACCAUUAAACACAGUGGGUAAUUGUAAAAAAAACAACAACAACAUUAUGAUUUAUACAAUUUCAGAAUGUGCCUGUUAUAUUUUUAAACAAAACAAUCUGAAGUUGUCUUUAUUUCUAAGUUAUCGUGCCGUGAUUUUACCAGUCCGGUGGACUUUGGAAUAGAUUUUUCUCCAUGUGACCCGCGAUCUAGAAGGAGUUUGACACCCCUGCUCUAGCUGGUGAAUUUAGAACUCAAACUGGCAUUCAUAAAUUACCAAAAUUGUAAUUAUUUUGAUGUAAUACAUUAAUAAA